AUGGUCCCACCACCCAGGACGGGAUCCUUCUCGCCGAAUCCUGUGCAGACACACCAGUCCGGACCUGGUCACCCUCCACACGCAUCCCAAUCGGCCAUCCUCAGUGCUGCUGCGAGCCCGAGCACAAGCAGCCCUACGGGGAGCAGCUCCCUGACCAAGAUUGCGAUCACCCAAGUCUCCUUGUUACUCAGCACUAUCAAGGACGAGAGUGAUCCAAAAUACGGCGCCCAGGUCACACAAUUGAGAAAACUUAUCGAUGACCACGGCAUGGAAGUUUAUUCUCGAUUCCUUACAAGGCUCGUGGCCGGAAAUGCUUCCCAGAUAUUCCCUGGCCUUAAUCGGCAGGUAACGAAUCAGGGCAACCAUCAGGUUUUGGUCGGCGAAGUGCGCAAGAUCAGCCAUGAUCCGGACCAAGCUAGCAAGAUUGCCGAGUCCAUCGAGUCCGGCACCGAGGAUAUCUUUCGGGACUUCGAUCUCUCCACCUUUAUGGAGCACUUUAAGCUUGAUGCUCUCGAGAAGACGCUUCUGGCUUCGGCUUUCAAGCUCGGGUCGCGUCCUGAUUUGAAGACUAAAGCGGACGCGAUUCUCUCCACCAAUUUCCCGACCUUCACCUAUAUCCUCUCGCGACCCGAUCUGCCUGAACAUUCCGAUCUCAGUCCUGCUUUCGUGGCCAAAAUCGUUGACCGAUUCGUCCAAUAUCCCCCGCCUAAUUUCUUGUCGUCUGCAAAGUCUGAGCUCACCUCCAAGGUGAAGGCGCGAUACUUCCAUCAGGACCAGCCACCACCAUCUGAAGUGUUGGCUGCCUUGGACCUUAUUCGGCUCCUCGCAGAUGGACCUUCGAAUGCCCUUGUACAUUAUAUUCAACGCACCGGUUCCGAUUUCACCAGAGACGAAGAGACUUGUGUUGGCUUCCUCCAAAAUCGCCCGGCGAAUGUCCAAUUAAGCGAGGAGCAGGUUUCGGCAGGUCUCAUGUACACCGUGAUCAGUCAGACCCCCAAAUUCAAGCCAUCCGUCUUGACCGCCGCUCUUCGCCGAGUGCUUCCCUCAAGCUUUAGAUGGUUCAGGGUUGUUUCGGGCUUCGACAAGGAUUCGGCGCGAAUCUCUCCGGAGCAGUUCCUGUCACUGUACAAGGCCCUCCUUCCCCUUGCCCAGGAUGAAGCCACGCAAUUCGAUAUCCAGACUCUCUGGGGCGGUAACUGGGAAAAUGCCGAGGCUCAACUGUCGUUCGUCUGCGCCUUCGCCUCUCUGACCCCAGACCAGUUGGAUGCCAGCACUAUACCCGGUCUCGUUCCUACCAUUUCUCUCGACUCAUACGCAGACUCCUCCGCCUCCGUCAAAGAGCGAGUAUCAAUUGCCGUGAAACACCCGCUGGUUUCUGUUGCCGCCCUCUCAGCAGUCUUCCACGUCGCGUUGCAUUCCGUUCAGGCAUCGCAAAGCAUCGAGGCCAAGCGGCUUUUCCAGGAUGUCGUGGUUCCUAACCUUGACAUCUUUGUUGUUUCGGCAUUUGGUGUUCCUAAACCCUGGCCCGGCAUGGCGGUCGAUACUCUUAAUUCGCUUUUCGAGAAUUUCCUAUACAAGCGAUCGCCCGAGUACGAAUUUGUCCUCGAGAGUCUCUGGAAGCGGGAUAAGGAUUGGGUCACGCAGAGGCUAGUUGACACUCAUGCCGCUAAACCGACAGAUCUUCCCCUCAUUUUCGAACACGCAGUGCGCCACGGUUGGCUGGAAGUCCUUUCCUCUCUCCCCAAUGGAUUCGGUCUGGACCUUGCUUCCUUCGCGCAUGCCGAGGGCUGCCUUGACUUCACGGACUGGGCUCGUCGCAAUGCUGAUCACAGUGCCGAGAUGGCUCCUUGUCUGAUGCAGUUCCUGAUGAUUAAAGCGACUCUUGAGAGCCAGUUUCAGCGACCAGAGACCCUCCCAGCGAUCAAAACCACCACAACUCUUCAAGUGCGAACGGUUUCAGCGCUUCUACAGAUCCUUGAGGACUUCAUGCCAAGGUCGCCAGUGCAGGAGUUGAUUAUCGUCCAACGACAAUGCAUUACGGCAUACCCACGCCUAAUCAACUACGGUGAGGGGUAUGACGACGUCAUUGAUGCCAACGGCAAGGACGGAAAUUCCCUCCCUCCGGCAGCCAAUAUCAAAAUGGAGGAGCAUUAUAAGAAGAUGUAUGGGAACGAAAUUGAAGUCCGUGAUAUUGUGGAGGUUCUCGAUCGCUACAAGCACUCUAGGGAUCCCCUCGAGCAGGACAUCUUCGCCUGCAUGAUUCAUGGCCUCUUCGACGAAUACACCCAUUACAUCGGAUAUCCUCUAGAGGCGCUGGCGACAACGGCAGUGCUCUUUGGUGGAAUUAUCUCCCACAAGCUGAUCUCAGACCUACCGUUGAAAGUUGGCCUGGGUAUGAUUCUGGAAUCGGUUAGAGACCAUAUGCCAGACGAAGCCAUGUAUAAAUUCGGUCUUCAAGCGCUCAUUCAACUUCUUCCACGUUUCCACGAAUGGCCUGGCUUCUGCAAGCAGCUCCUUCUGAUCCCGGCGCUCCAGGGCACGGACGCUUGGCUGCGGGCGGAAGAAGUGAUUCGAGAACAGGACGAUAUAUCCAGAACCCGCAGUGGACAAGGUGGCGGCGGAGGUGGCGGCGUCCAUCUUGCAGGCUACUCUGACGAGGUGAUGGCCAACGGUCUGCCCAAGGAUGGCCUUGGUUCUGAACAGCAAGCCCCACCAUUCACUGCUAUCUCAGUAGACCCGCCUCCAACCGACGUUGAGUUCGAGGAACCUAGUGGCGACGACCAGGGCAAAAUUCAAUUUGUUCUCAACAACAUCACCGAGACAACGUUGCAGUCGAUGUGCAAUGAGCUGCGUGAACUUCUCGAGCGUCGCCAUCAGCAAUGGUUUGCCAGCCAUCUUGUUGAGGAGCGCGCCAAGAUGCAACCUAAUUACCACCGAGUCUAUGUCGAACUUGUCAAUCUCCUCGAAGACAGGGCGCUCUGGGCAGAGGUCUUGCGCGAAACGUAUAGCAGCGUCUCACGCAUGCUGAAUGCUGAGAGCACCAUGCAGAACUCGACUGAGAGAACGCAUCUGAAGAACCUCGGUGGAUGGCUGGGUCUCCUUACUCUUGCAAGGAACAAGCCCAUCAAGCAUCGCAACAUUGCGUUCAAGAAACUCUUGCUGGAAGCCCACGAUACUAAGAGACUCGUUGUGGUCAUUCCUUUCGUCUGCAAGGUUCUUAUUCAAGGAUCACUUUCCACUGUCUUCCGACCCCCGAACCCGUGGCUUAUGGACAUCAUCCAUCUCCUCAUCGAACUUUAUCACCACGCCGAGCUCAAGCUUAAUCUGAAGUUUGAGAUCGAAGUACUUUGCAAAGGCUUGAACCUUGACCAUAAGAGUAUCGAACCAUCUGGCGAGAUCCUCAACCGGGCGAUUUUGGAAGAAAGCGCCGAGGCGGCUGCGCAAGAGACUCUUGAUGCGUUUGAUGGACUGACUCUGAACGGGAUUACCCCGGCCGUCGCUGGUGGACUUGGCUCGCAGGCUAUUACGCCAGUGAUUCCCGAUAUCGGCCCAAUGAUCAAUAUUCCACCCACCAACGAGAUGGUCGUCAAUGCGACAAGGCUGCACGAGAUUGUCCGUACUGCCCUUUCUCGUGCGCUUGCCGAAAUCAUCCAGCCCGUGGUCGACAGGUCGGUUACCAUUGCGGCCAUUUCAACCCAGCAGAUGAUCCACAAGGAUUUCGCUAUCGAGCCGGACGAGAAUCGCGUGCGCGCCUGCGCUAUUAACAUGGUUAAGGCUACCGCGGGAAGUCUUGCCCUGGUUACAUCCAAGGAGCCCCUGCGGGCUAACUUCACAAACUAUAUGAGGAACCUGUCUAACGACCUGCCGCAAGGUCUCCCUGAGGGCACCAUUAUGAUGUGUGUCAAUCUGAACCUUGAGCUUGGGUGCAGCAUUAUCGAGAAACAGGCUGAGGAAAGGGCUGUUCCUGAGAUUGAGGAGAUAAUCCAGGACGAGCUGGAAAGCCGGCGCCGACAUCGUGCCCAGAAGCCCAUGGAGCCGUACGCUGGUCCAUCUCUCAACCGCUGGGCGUCAGCACUCCCCGCCCCCUAUAGGUUGGUGGAGGGCAUGUCCGGUCUAACUCCGGAGCAGAUGGCGAUCUACGAGGACUUCGCCCGACACCCGCGCAGCAGCACCGCCAGCGCUCCAACCCACACCCCGUCCGCGGCUGAUGCGGCCACGCGGUCUCUUGCCAACGAGGUCCUGCAGGAUCAGUUCGGCGGCCUUCCCGGUAUCCCGGCCCCAUCCGAGACCCCAUCAGUCCAGCAGCACAUGGCUGCUCACGUGCAACCGUACGCGGCUGUUCAGGCCGCCAGUGCAACUAACGGCCGACCUCCCGCUACUCCAGUGGACUUAUCUCUUAUGGCGGGACGCUUCCUCAAGCUGUUGCUAGAGCUCCAGCGCGUUGCCACCGAAGCCAGGGAAAAGCAUUUCCACAGCCUACCCAGGCCGCAUCCUGUCCUAGAUCUCGUCGAUGCCCUCGUGCAGAUCAUCAUCAAGACUUCGCAAGGCUCGGAGGAGAUGGCCAUGUAUGCAGCUGAGCAAAUUAGCCAGCUGCUAUUCAGUCACAUUGAGGACAGCCUGACCCUAGAGAGCCUGGCACAUGUUCUGGAGACAUUGAGGAAAAUUUCCGGACCCGCGGUCAGCAGCCGUAUCCGGAUCCUCUUCCGUCAACAGCCUGGCCACUUCUUCCUUCAUCUGCCUUUGCUAAAUGCAUUGUCAGGAACCGAUCUCAUGGAUUGGAAGAAUAUCGAUACCGCAAUGUCGAAGGCGCUCCAGCAGAGAAAGGAAGGCUCGCUUGAGUUCCUUGAGACGCUCCUGGACCUUGCGCUUCUCAACGAUCGACCCCUCGCCCUGCAUGCCGACUUUGUCAGGACCUUGGAAGCUGCGUGGCCCUGGGUGCUCGAGGAUAGCAAUUCUCCUGUUGGCCAGCACGUCAAGGCCAAGCUCGUCGGCGGAGGCCUGGCACGACCGCCUGCGCCGCUUAACGCAGAAAGCCCCUUGGCCCAGCGUCAAGACCAGAUGGAAUACGUGUUUGAGGAGUGGAUCCAUCUCUGCAACAAUGCGAACGCAACCGAGAAGUCGAUGAUGGUCUUCCUCCAGCAGAUCCAAGCCAAAAACAUCAUCGGGGAUCGAGACGACUUCUUCCUCUUUAUCAGGUUAGCGAUUGAUGUUUCGAUCGAUAGGUUCGAGCAGCUUAUCCACACGGGUGGUGUUUCCGAAGCCUUCGUGCCCAUUGACUCUCUGGCACGACUUCUCGGUGUCUUUGUGCGAGCCCAUCCCGGCGUUACAGCAGCAUCGAAUGAGAACCGACCCGCGUACUUGGAAUCGAUCCUUGCUCUCGUCACUCUUGUGCUGCAUCAUCACCACAUGAAGCGGGGUGAGCAUUUCAACCAGCGCGCCUUUUUCCGCCUCUUGUCCAUGAUCCUUCACGAGAUUGAUAGCCUCGUCGACCAUGUGCCAGCCCCCGAGCGACUGGAGAUGGUGAUCAAAUUUGCCGUGGCGCUCAGAGAUUUGGGACCCCGAUUCGUGCCUGGUUUCACGUACGGGUGGAUGUCGUUGAUCCAGCACCGCAUCUUCCUACCGGCCAUCCUCGGAACGGAGAGCCAAGCUGGCUGGACGCCUCUGACUCUACUGAUCUGCGACAUGCUCGAUUACCUUGGUGACCAGCUCAAGGUACCCGAGCUGUCGACGUCAUCCAAGGAGGUGUACAGGUCAGUCCUCAAGUUCCUGGUUGUGUUGCAGCAUGACUACGCGGAUUACGUCUCGGCCAACUACAACCAGCUUUGCUGGGCCAUCCCCACGCAUUGCGCCCAACUCUUCGCGACGGUUCUAGCAACGACACCGCCCGCCCUGCAAAAGAUCCCGGAACCUCCGCAGCAAGGCCUCAAGGCAGCUGGACCUGACGAGCUCGCGGAUACCCCGGCUAUCGGUCGAGAAGUAGUUGAGAUCCUCCAACAGCGCGGAGUGUUGGACGUGCUCACCCAGGCGCUUCAGGACGGCCCAUCGGAGGGCGUGCUUGCGCAUAUCAUUCACUCGAUCGGGCGCAGUUCCGGCAAGGUGGCAACGAGCUUCGGGUUCGUGACCGUCUCUGUUGAUCUGCCCGCCCUCGAGGCCAUUCCCACGUACAUUGCAGGCUUCGCCGUGGAUCGAGCUAAGCAGAAGGGCGGACCGGUCUACGUGCCCGGAUCGUCGGACACAACAAUCCUUACUCUUCUCGUGCGCGAGCUGAACCCCGAGGGCCGCUACUACCUUAUUUCCUCCAUGGUCAACCAGUUGCGGUUCCCCAACGCACACACGCACUACUUUGGCCAGCUCCUCCUCGACAUUUUCGGACACGACCUCACGGAUGCAGAGGAGGACGAGGUUCGACAGCAGAUUACUCGAAUCCUCCUGGAGCGGCUGGUGGGUUUCUGGCCUCAGCCUUGGGGACUGAUGGUUACGGUAGUGGAGCUUCUCAAGAACGAGAAGUACAUGUUCUUUGAGCAACCUUUUAUCAAGUCGGCGCCCGAGGUGGCCGAUCGAUUCAUGGCUGUGUUGAGACAGUAA